AUGAACAUCACCUCAGCCGCUUUGUCCGAAAUCCUCACCGCCUACGAGCUCCGUAUGCCAAAGAACAGCAGCAAGCAUGCAAAGAUCAGAAAGUUGAUGACAUUGGACGAUGUCAAAACAACGUUGGGCGAGGAUGGGCUGGAGGGGCUGGAGCAGAAAAUGCUCGAGAUCGAAAAGAGUCGUGCAUCAAAGAAGAAGGAGAAAGAGCCCGAAGCCGAAGAUGCUACAACACAUGAACGCGCCGACGACGACGACCCUGCUGUGGCUGCUUGCUGCCAGCUGCUCGAAGAGCUGGAUGCUGAGGAAGAAAUGGAGGAAGCCAAGGAGGAAGAGAAGAAGGAUGCAACCGAG